GGACGGAUCGUUCCAAGGCUCAGACAUUUUGUUUCCCAGUAGUCUUAUCAUCUUUCUCGUAUCGCGAAAGUCAUGGCACAGAGCUACAAGAUUCUUGUCCUUCCUGGUGAUCACGUCGGCCCUGAGGUAGUGACUGAAGCAUUGAAAGUGCUAGAUGUCGUCGAAGAGUGUCGUCCAGGUCUAAAAUUCGAGAGAACGUUCGAUCUCGCCGGCGGUUGCAGCAUUGACAAGCACGGCGUACCCAUUACACAAGCUGUCUUAGACAAAGCAAAAUCCAGCGACGCAGUUCUCUUUGGCAGUGUCGGUGGACCUGAGUGGGCAACGGCAUCGCCCAAUCCCGAGUCGGGCCUCCUCCAAUUGAGACACCAUCUCGAUGCUUUUGCAAACAUCAGGCCGUGUGAGGUCUACAUUCCGUCGCUCGUAAACGCUUCUCCCAUCAAGCCGGAGUUGGUUUUGGGAACGAAGUUCAUCGUGGUGCGGGAAAAUUGCGGUGGCGCGUACUUUGGCGAGAAGGUAGAGAAGCCUGAGAUAGCUUCCGACCUCUGGGUAUACACGAAGCCUGAGAUAGAGCGCUGUGCACGAGUGAGUGCUGCCAUUGCCCGACUUCUGGGACGCAGUGGUGAUGGAAAGGGCGGCGGAGGACCUGCUGUAGUGUGGAGCUCUGACAAAGCAAAUGUAUUGGCCAGCGGUCGACUGUGGCGAGCAGUCACGCAAAACAUUUUUGAAAGAGAGUUUCCUGACAUCGAGCUGCGUCAUCAACUGGCUGACAGCAUGGCUAUGCUCAUGGUCAAGGACCCGAAGCGAUUUAACGGUGUCAUACACACGGACAACACCUUUGGAGACAUACUGUCCGAUAUAUCUGGCGGUCUCACAGGCACACUGGGGAUUUUACCGAGUGCCAGUGUCAGCGGUAUUCCUGGCGAGGGCAGGUGUAAUGGUAUUUAUGAGCCCGUUCAUGGCAGUGCGCCAGACAUUGCUGGCAAAGGCAUUGUCAAUCCGGUUGCGCAGAUUCUCAGCCUGGCCAUGAUGCUCAGAUAUUCCUUUCUCCUGGUUGACGAAGCGGCUGCAAUAGAAGAAGCCGUCACGCAUGUCCUGGACGCUAAAGAAGUUGGCGGGCUUGAGAUCAGGACUGGGGAUCUAGGCGGAAAAGCAAGCACGGCGGAGGUUGGAGAUGCCAUUUGCGACGCCUUACGGAAGAUUCUCAGAAGAGGCAAGAUUGCCUAGAACAAUUAUCGCUUCCCUUCUCGAUUCUAAAG